UACCUCUUUAAAACUCCUUUCCUCUAAUCACUUCGACUUGUCGGUCUCUCUCUCUCUCUCUCUCUCUCUCAAAGUUCUAUACUUUUCAACACCCACAGAAUUUUCUUACAAUUUUUUUCACCCACUGACUAUACCUUACAUUGUAUCACACAUACAAAGACUAUACAAUUUUGUGGGUCCAAGGCCAGCCACCAUUUUCGUCCAAUUUGACAAUGUGCUACUGGGUUUCAUCCAACAAACCCUUCACCAACUACAUCCUCUCACAUGAGCCUGGAUUUGCCUGAGACUCUCUUUUGGGUUUUUGGAUUAUUCUGGGUUCAGUGAAAUUGAGCUUAUUCAUGGCUGUCAAGGGUGCACCCACUUGGAGUUAUGCUAAAACGCCUUGUUCUCAUCCAGGCAUCUCAGAUUUGGGCUCAACUCGUUCUGGGUUGGCUUUCAAUUUGAGUUUCCGCAAAUGGGAAUGUUGUUGUUUGGGUGUUGCUUCGGCUCAGAGAGCUAUCACUCCGGUUGAAGAUGAAAAGCCAAACUUGACCGGAGCCGAGUCUUCAGGGGCAAUUCAACGGAUUGAGGACAAUGAGUCCAGUGGAUUUCACAAGGAUAUGAACCUUCUUCCUAAACCAUUGACAGCAAAUGACCUUUCUUCUCCUAGUGAUGGUUCAAAAGUGAGAGUUGCUUACCAGGGGUUACCGGGGGCAUAUAGUGAGGACGCUGCACUAAAAGCUUAUCCGAAGUGUGAGACCGUCCCAUGUGACCAGUUUGAAGCUGCGUUUAAGGCAGUUGAACUUUGGUUAGUGGAUAAAGCAGUUCUUCCCAUUGAGAAUUCUGUUGGUGGAAGCAUCCACCGUAAUUAUGACUUACUCCUUCGCCAUAGAUUGCACAUAGUUGGAGAGGUACAAUUGCAAGUGAACCAUUGUCUUUUGGGAUUACCUGGUGUAACAAAAGAGGAACUAAAACGGGUUUUAAGCCAUCCUCAGGCUCUUGCUCAAUGUGAGAUGACGCUAAGCAGUUUGGGAAUCGUCAGAAUCAAUGCUGAUGACUCUGCUCUGGCUGCGCAGAUGGUGGCCUCAACUGGCCUAAGAAAUACGGGUGCGGUUGCAAGUGCUCGAGCUGCAAAAAUCUAUGGGCUUGACAUUCUUGCAGAAAAAAUUCAAGAUGAUGACGAUAAUAUUACUCGCUUUCUGAUACUUGCUAGAGAACCAAUAAUUCCAGGGACUGAUAGGCCAUAUAAGACGAGUGUUGUUUUCACUCUUGAAGAAGGUCCUGGUGUACUAUUCAAAGCCUUAGCAGUGUUUGCUCUUAGGGGAAUUAACUUGACAAAGAUAGAGAGUCGCCCACAGAGACAACGUCCAUUAAGGGUUGUAGAUGAUUCCAAUGAAGGGAGUGCCAAGUAUUUCGACUACCUCUUUUACAUUGAUUUUGAAGCUUCUAUGGCAGAGCCCCGUGCCCAAUAUGCUUUGGGACAUCUGCAGGAAUUUGCAAGAUUUCUCCGUGUCCUUGGUAGCUACCCAAUGGACACAAUUCCAUAGAAGUUAUAGUUUCUUGGGCGCAAUUUAGUAUUUCUUUUGGAUUGCCAGCCAUGCAACACAGAUCAAGCUUCAAUGUGUAUAUAUCUGAUAUCGUGGGUGCUGAAGCCGGAUAAGAAUACCUUUGUCUCUCAAUGAGGCUCUUCCAAUGAGGAGAAAGUUCCUCUCAAAGCUUCAUGUUUCUUUCAUUUUGAACUCUCUAUCAUUCUUUCUUAUCCUCCAAACGGGGGUGUUUACUGUUUCUGGAAUGUCAUGAUAUGUUGAUAUAAACAGAGGGAGGCACAAGCUUAACCUUGAUGGAUGUGUGUAGGUGUAGCCAUGCAUAAAAGUUUCGGUUCUGCUUUUUAGGUCCCCUCCCCACCCCACCCAAACCAAGUACAUGUGUAAACAAUAGGCAUGAUACAUGAAAGACUCAAAUUUGUGUGUUACGACAGUCUACUAUGCUUUCUGCUUUGU